CAGGAAUGGACAGCGGGCGAAGGCUGGGUUCGAGGGCAGCCGGCAGCGCUGGGAAAGCAGGGCUCUGGAGGAGGCGUGGUCACUUCGUAGAGGCUGUGGGGCGUGGCCGCCGGAGAGUGGGUCGCUGGCUGGGCGGGGCCGCCGCGUAGCGGGCGGCGUGGAGCCCCUCACCGCGGCUCCUUUAAGCCGGGCGCCGUCCCGCCUCCUGCCUGGGUCUAGCUGGCGGAGGGGCCGUGGCCGUGCGAUCUGCGAUGGAACUGCACAUCCUAGAACACCGGGUGCGGGUCCUGAGUGUCGCCCGCCAGGGCCUCUGGCUCUACACCCACCCACUCAUCAAACUGCUCUUCCUGCCCCAUCGCAGCCGGUGCAAGUUCUUCAGCCUGACGGAGACCCCGGAAGAUUACACACUCAUGGUGGAUGAGGAGGGUUUUAAAGAGCUACCCCCAUCUGAGUUCCUGCAAGUGGCCGAGGCCACAUGGCUGGUGAUGAACGUAUCAUCUCACAGCGGUGCAGUGAUGCAGGCUGCUGGAGUUACCAAGAUUGCCCGGUCUGUCAUUGCCCCACUGGCCGAGCACCACGUGUCUGUGUUGAUGUUGUCCACAUACCAGACAGACUUCAUCCUGGUACGGGAGCAGGACCUGUCUGUAGUGAUCCACACACUGGCCCAGGAGUUCCAAAUCUACCGGGAAGUAGGCGGGGAACCUGUGCCUGUUGCCAGGGAUGAUUCCAGCAAUGGCUUUCCCCGAGCCCAGCAUGGGCCCAGCCCCACGGUGCAUCCCAUUCAGAGCCCGCAGAACCGAUUUUGUGUUCUCACACUGGACCCCGAAACAUUGCCGGCUAUUGCCACCACCCUCAUCGAUGUCCUCUUCUACUCACACAGUGUCCCCAAGGAGGCAGCCUCAGGUGGUCCUGAGUCAAGCUCCAUCCCGUUCUUCGCUUUCUCCCUCAUUGAGGGUUACAUCUCCAUUGUUAUGGAUGCAGAGACCCAGAAAAAGUUCCCCAGUGACCUCUUGCUGACCAGUUCCUCUGGAGAGCUGUGGAGGAUGGUGCGCAUCGGGGGACAGCCCCUGGGUUUCGAUGAAUGUGGGAUUGUGGCCCAGAUCGCGGGUCCCCUGGCGGCUGCUGACAUCUCUGCCUAUUACAUCAGCACCUUCAACUUUGACCAUGCCCUGGUUCCUGAAGACGGGAUCAGCAGUGUCAUUGAUGUACUCCAGCGAAGGCAAGAAGGCCUGGCUUCCAAAGGUCCAUAGGGAACACCAGGAUCCCAGCAUUCUCCUGCCCUGGGCUCUAGAGACUUUUCUGAGCUCUUUCCUGAAGCUGCAGAAUGAGCCCCUGAUCCUGCCAAGGGACCCUGGUUCUGCAUGGAACUGGCAUGUGUGGGCAAGUAGGCACCUCUUGGCACAGUGGGCAGUGCUGGCUCCUAAUGGCUGCCCACAAAGGACACCUUGGUGCUUGGGGCUUAGACACCCCCCUCCCCCAACCCAUCACUUUCUACGUGGCCUCAGCGUUUGCACAGUCCCUGCGUGAGGCCCGAGCCAUCCCUCUCUCACCUGGCUGGGUACUUCUGCCUGUGGCUUGGGUUGCCUUCCUGGCCAGGUGAGUUCCAGAAGUGCCUUCCCUUCCUGGGGCUCCCGAGGAAAAGGGUUUUCCCAUCUCACUCUUAUUUUUAUGACUGUUUAAAUAAAUAAAAGACUUGCUGAGCUGGGCUCUCUGGUUCCGAGUGACAGCCAGUGUCA